AUUUGAGUGCAGAAGCAGCUAACUUCUGGUCUCAUCCUGGCUAACUUUGAAUAACUUGACGCAGCUAAGCUCGUUCACUUCUGGCUUCGUGGCUCAUUGAAUUCGUUAGCUAACGUUUAUUUGUCGAUAACGUUGAACUGCAUAAGUGAAAAUGUCGUAUUCAUUAGCCACGUUUGUGGCUAUAGUGCUGCUCAGUUCGGAGGCCUCUGGGAAAAGCGUAACGGGACUUUUUAACAGCGAAGCAGCGAGACAGCAGAAUGGCCAGUUCAUCACUAAAUUUAUGUACCAAGGUGAUAAUGGUAUGUUGGUGAUCAGGCUGGACAAUUCUGCUCUGGCUACAGAGAAGGAGUCCAGAUUGCUGCUGUAUAAGGAUAUGGACUCAAGCCUUGACAACCUAAACUGCUCCGAGAGGCUCGCUAAAGCUCACAUCCCCGUUUCUCUCAGUGACCAAGAACACAACCAGACGAUCCCUCGUCAGUCCUCUCCUACGACCUGGCAGGCCCUAUAUGCUGACAGAUACACAUGUCAGGAAAAUGCAGUGAUUCCUUCCCACGCUGAUCUCCGUUUUACCAUCUUGUUGUUUAACGCCGACUCGGCUGGAAAUCCUCUGGAGCACUUCAGCGCAGAGGAGGCAGGUCUCCACAGUUUUUACUUCCUCCUCCUGCUGGCCUACUUCAUAGCCUGCUGUAUCUACAUCCAGCCUCUGCACCAGGCUCUGAGGAAAGGAGGUCCCAUGCACACUGUCCUCAAAGUGCUGACCACCGUGCUGGCCUUACAGGGCUUCUCCGCUCUCUGCAACUACAUCCACUUCGCCAGGUAUUCCAGAGAUGGUACUGGUAUUCCUCUGAUGGGCAACCUGGCAGAGUUCUGGGAUAUGGUGUCCCAGGUGUCCAUGCUGUACAUGUUACUGAGUCUGUGUGCGGGCUGGACUCUGAGCCGAGGCAGGAAGCCUCAGUCCAGACCUCUGCAGUGGGAACAGUCUCCGGCGUCCACGGCUGUUGCUGUUGGCGGAGUCGUUAUACAGGGGGCGUUGCUGCUGUGGGAGCAGUAUUCAGAAUCCGAGAGUCAACACCACAGCUACCACACCCCGCUGAGUCUGGCAGGUCUCCUCCUCAUGGCUCUGAGAGUGGGCCUGGCCCUCCUGCUGGCCUCUGUCCUCUACCAGAUCAUCUCCACCGAGCGGAGCACCCUGAAGAGGGACUUCUACCUCUGCUUCGCCAAGGGAUGCUUCCUGUGGUUCCUCUGUCAUCCCGUCCUCUUCGUCAUGUCAGCUGUCUUCAACAAGCACCAGAGGGAGAAGGUAGUGACUAUCGGUGUUAUCCUCUGCCAGUCCAUCGCCAUGGUGAUCCUCUACCAGCUCUUCCUGUCUCGUUCUCUCUACUGGGAGGUCUCUUCUCUCUCCUCUGUGUCUCUGCCGCUCACCAUGUCCAGAACGAACCACAGGGGGCGCUACUGAGCACAUCCACUCUCACGCUUAUGAGCGAAGGAGGACAUGCUACAACACAGAGGCUUCACCUCCCUUAACGUUCCAGUGUGUCAGAGGAGGGACACAACCUGAGCAUGAAGACAGAGAGUGAUGUAACGCUGCAGGGACCGCUCUCCUUCACUGUUACUGUUUCCUGGGAGAAUACUAUUGGUUACUGGUAAGCAAGUUAGCAGGGAACUGUAGCACAGGGUCAUAAAAUGACCAGAGGAAGAUUUUUACAGCAACACCCUACCUCUAGUUACUGGCCAACAUCUACAUUACUGAGUCCUGGAUGUCAUAAUAACUAACAGCCAAAGUACAAUUUGAAAACAGACUUACGCAAGCAUGUUAAAGAUGGAUUGCCAAGAUUCAAGAUUUUAGGAUGCGUCUGCAAAUGGUAAAAAAAGAAGAUUGUUCUCGUGAUGGCACAAAUGCAAUCUUUGUGCUCUUGGCUUUGAUUAUCCCACUUUUGUGUCUUAAAGGAUAAGGCUGGUAUAUUUUUCUUAUUGUCAACAAAUCCCAUGAAAAGCCAAAACCAACAAUUAGUAUGUCUGUAUUUUUUUUUUUUUUUUACUUUUCAGCCCAGUCUGUGGCCAUUGGUUCCUAUGAAGAUGUUCAUUUUUCAAAACUUGUCAAAAAUAUAUAGUUUCAUUUUCAAAAAAUGGCUUAGUGAUUUCGUAAAACAGCUGGACGCCGCAGUUGUGAAGCAGAUGUUACUCAAACAGGAGAAGAUUGUGCAUAUAUGGGUACUAUUUUUUUUUUUUUUUUUUUUAGCUGUGGAUGAAUCCACAUUUGGUGCUCUUGUGAGUAUUUCUGGCAGCAGGUCCAUGAUUAAAUCAAAACAAACUACGGUGUGUGUGUGUUCAUGGUAAUGAAGGAACAUGUCACCCAUGCAACAAUGUGGCUAGUUAAUGUGUUUUUAAUAGUUGUUGGACAACAAUGGAGUUCUAUGGUAAAGAGAAAUGCAAUAUAUCAGGCUUUGGCUCCACAGACAAUACAUUGUAGGUAUUUUCAUAGGUUUUAUUUACAAUAAAAGAACACUGUAGAUUAGUAUAGAUUAAUGGAUCAGUAUGUGGUAAGAUUGAUAUGUGACUCCGGAUAAACAGAUUGAGGUGGAGAGACAGUUGGGUGGACUCAAAAAUGGAUAUACUGAAGAACAGACCGGUGGAAGGAUGAAUACAGUUUGGAAAGAUGGUUACAAUAUGUGGAUAGGUAAAGAAAUAGAUUUUCAGGUACUUAAAUUAAAAGGAUUAGUGAGCCAACAGAUUAGUGUGUGCUCCCUGUAUAUGACGGAUCAAGCUGUACUUUAUUUCUUCACUCUCAACAUGCAUUUUUGAGCUGACAGCAUGUGAACCUUUGACAUUGUAUAAACCGUAUGUAGCUGGAGACACACUGCAUGAUCUUUUAUUUUUCAUUCACUGAACCUUGAGCUGGAGCACACUACCUGGGCCAAUGAUUUUCCCAAUUCCAAACUAACACUUACCUUUUCUGCCACAAAUGAUUAAGCCCUGGUCUAAGCCCACUAUGACUUCAUGUGAGUGAGGCUCAUUAAAGCAUUAGCGUUGCAUGAAAGCCCAGUGGGAACAGGGUUCAUUUUGGACUUGACACAUUUCAUAUUGUGAAAAAUGAAAUUCCACUUAAAGUGACAGCUGACAUUGAGCGUUGACAUAUUUUUUCAUUGUGUAUUUAUUUUUGUAAGUCAAUAUUUGGAAAGUGAAUGUUAUCUGGGCAGUAUGCACACGGUGUGUGGGUGGAAGAGAAUACAUCUAUAUUUUAUUUUGUCCCACAGGCCACAAUGACAAUCUUAUUUUUAUUAAACAACAACAUUUAAGGCCUCUGUAAUGUGUGUACUAAACUUUUACACCUCAAAUUGUUAGAUAUGGUUAAAAUGUAAUUUAAUUUGAAAACAGAAAAACAAGUGUUCAGUCAUUCCCUUUUUAGCGUUAUGCACUCUCCAGUUUCCAUUUAUUACGUGUAUUUAUUUUCUGAUACAACCUAAACUGUGGAAAUGUGGGAUCUGUGAUCAUUACAACUGUAAUAAAGUAACUGUAAUAAAAUACAUUUUAAGGUAA